AUGGGUCCGUUUAAUAGAUAUCUCCUUGUGAAGCGUCUUGACCUAUGUUUGAAUUGCUUGGGUAAGAACCACACUUCAAGCAACUGUCCAUCCAGUCGUAGGUGUCAGCAAUGUCGCGUAAGUCACCAUACAUUGCUACACAGAACGUAUGGAAACGAAGAUGUUCCAAAUAGUACCAGCAACAACACCAGUGGCCCGGAAAACGCGAAGUGCAAGCAAGUAGCCAUAAAAGCCGAGCAGGUUCACGGUGAUGUCAUCCUUGCUACGGCUCGUAUUCGCCUGUGCAAUUCAUCGGGAUCGUCCCUCAUUGUUCGCGCACUUUUAGACUCAGGGUCACAGCUGAAUUUCAUCACAGAGCAUAUUGCACAACACCUACGUCUACCACGUACCAAGCGAAGCAAUGAAGUUUUAGGCUUAGCUCCAACAGAUUCAUCGCACACUACAAAUUCAUCUCCAUCAUUCACAUCGUUGUCAACAUUGCCUACGUAUGAAACGUUCAUAGCUGUGGACAAUCAAUUACCAUUGGAUAACCUGAUGGAGAGAUUUUGGACAAUUGAAGGCUACAACAGUCCACAAAAAAUUCUCUCAGACAACGAACUGGCUUGCGAGAAAUUCUUCAAGCUCACUACGACAAGGUGCCCGGUUAGCGGCAAGUUCAUAGUUCGCCUCCCUUUCAAGGAGGAUCCAGUUACGCUAGGCCAAUCUUACGACAUAGCGUAUCGAAGGUUAGUAGCGCUUAAAUACAAAUUACUAAAGAAUCCCUCACUUCUAAAGAGUUAUCGCGAGUUUGUACAUGAGUACGAGCAGAUGCAGCACAUGAAAAUUGUCGAGAACGGCAAACAAGGCAGAAAUUUCAUUCCCCAUCAUUGUGUUAUGAAGACUGACAGCAGCACCACAAAACUACGCGAUGUGUUUGACGCGUCGUGCCAAACUUCAAGUGGAAAAUCAUUGAACGACAUGCUUCGAGUAGGCCCUACGCUUCAAGAUGACAUCUUCACGAUUCUAAUUCGAUUUCGAAGUCACAAAUACGUUUUGAUAGCCGACAUCGCAAAAAUGUACCGGCAGGUGCCGGUUAACAAUGCUGAUGCGCCAUGGCAAUGUAUUUUGUGGCGCGAUUCGCCACAAGCUCCCGUGAAGAUGUACCAGUUGCAGACGGUUACAUAUGGGACGAGCUGCGCGCCCUAUCUUGCCACGAAAUGCCUGCUGGAAGCGGCUUAA